AUGGAUCUCGAAGACAGUUCGCGAAGUCUAGUAAGCGCGAUGAUGAUUUGCGGGGUGUACAUCGGAUCGAUUGACCCCAAUUACCAUAUCCACGAUCGAAUUAUAGACUGGAUCAACGUGAAUUUCGAACAUCAAAUCAUUUGCCGUCAAGAUACAUUUAGAGGAAAAGUGAUUACCGCCGUCUUUGACGAUCCUGCACGAAGGAAGGUCUACAAUUUGAAAAUGUUUUCAUCACCUGGCUCGUGUCCAUACUGUCUUUCACAAGAAACGAUUCUCAAAAUCAACGACCAAAAUGUUAUAGGUAUGUCGUUAUAA